AUGGCUUCAGGAUACGACAGAGCGCUCUCUGUCUUCAGUCCCGACGGACACGUCUUUCAGGUCGAAUAUGCCGGCGAGGCCGUGAAGCGAGGAACCUGCGCCGUCGGCGUCAAGGGCCAGGACGUUGUCGUCCUCGGCUGCGAGAAGCGCUCCGCGAUGAAGCUCCAAGACACCCGAAUCACACCCUCCAAGCUCCAGCUCCUCGACACCCACGUCUGCCUCGCCUUUGCCGGCCUCAACGCCGACGCCCGCAUUCUCGUCGACAAGGCGCGGUUAGAGGCCCAGUCUCACAAGCUGACCGUCGAGGACCCCGCUUCGAUCGAGUACAUGACCAAGUACGUUGCCGGCGUGCAGCAGCGCUACACACAGAGCGGCGGUGUCCGCCCCUUCGGCAUCAGCACCCUCAUCGUCGGCUUCGACAACGGCAGCAAGGUCCCCAGGCUGUACCAGACCGAGCCCUCGGGCAUCUACUCAGCAUGGAAGGCGAAUGCCAUUGGCCGCUCCAGCAAGACGGUGCGUGAGUUCCUCGAGCGCAACUACAAGGACGACAUGGACCGGGAGGCGACCAUCAGGCUGGCCAUCAAGUCCCUGCUUGAGGUCGUUCAGACGGGUGCGAAGAACAUUGAGAUUGCCCUCAUGGCCCCUGGCAAGACGAUCGAGAUGCUGCCCGUGGAGGAGAUUGAGAGCUAUGUCAAGAACAUUGAGGAGGAGAAGCAAGAGGAGGCGGCCAAGAAGAAGACGGGCCGCACGCCGGGUCAGGGCACCGCCGCCAUUCUGACGCGGCCUGCGGAGGGAAGUGACGAGUAG